AUGCUCUUCCUCUACUUUGCCCUCAGCCUGCUUCUCGCGUCAGCCGGUGCAGCACCGACUACCCCACCAACUUCCCCAAAGACAUCGCCAAAGACCUCCGGAAACACCACGCCUACAAAGCCAGAGCCGGUCCCUCCUUACAUGACUGUGGAAGGAUGUAAAGCCCUGAUGGAUCCCGCCAAGGCAAAGAAGGCCCUCUUCUGGUCUGGGUGCGGCCUUCAAGCUAAGAAGGCGGUCACAGACAAACAGAACUAUGCGUACCUGGCUGGCUACGAGGUCAUGCGUGGUGUUUUCAAGCAGCCGUGGCCAAAGGACCACGAGGCCUUCCUGGACAAGUUCAAGACACAGAAAGCAGAGAACGAAAUCUAUAUCAUGAUGCCCGGCAAAGACGGGAGCAAGGGUGUCGACUGGGGGAAUAGGGCUACAUCGCACUGGGCUCAGCACGAGUACCCCAUAAUCUGCAAGAGCACAUCGGUCACCAAACUCUAUCGCCUCAGCGCCAAGGAUCCCAAGGUCAAGGAAGACAUCACCGAUCUGAUGCUUGCGCAGCGGAAGGCUGGUACAUGUCCGCCGCUGAGCAAGGUCGCCGGCGGCGGAGAGGACGACUAA